AUGUCGUAUGCGUUUUGCCCAGUGUACCACGUAAAUAUUAACCAACCCCAGAAGGAAGAUUUGCUUCGGUUCGAAACGUCAGCCGUCGACAGUUACAAGCACUACAAGGAAAUUGAGACACGUUCGCGGAUCCGCAUGAGCCUGGUGAUCAGCCUCAUCUCGCUGCUGGUGUUCGUGACGUGGCAGUUCCGAGAGGACAGGACGGUAGUGGACACGAUCAACAACGUCCCCCUGAUGCUCUUCGUCUGUCUCUUUUUCUUCCUCAUCCUAAAGCAUUACUACAAGAGCUUGUUCAAGUCGAAGUGUUACAUAAAAAGCCUGAACAAGACGCUGAAGGGAUUUAACCUCUACCUAGACGACAAAAGCCUAAAGCUGUGCAUUAUCGACAGCUUCCCAAAAGAGUAG